AUGACGACCAAAUUUACGAAGUUCGCUGAGGUCGUGAAGCAUUUCUUUCAGAGGAGCUGCUCUUCUUCUUUUUCUUCUUGUUUGGAGAUUGGCGCCAGACCACGGCAUCCUCACCCGUUCGAAUACAACAAACUGAUGAAAGCUUUUGCUCGGGCAGGCCAACCUGAUGAUGUCCUCCGCCUGCUUGACGAAAUGCGGCAAUCAAACUUCGAGCUUGAUGUACCAUGUUACACCACUGCCAUUGAUAGCUUGGUGGUUGCCCGACGAUUUGAGGAAGCUGAGGCUGUUUUCAAGGAUAUGGUCUCGUCGGGAUUGAUUCCUGAUGUUGCUUCUUGCACUGUUCUUGUAAAAAUGUACUCUUGUUAUUUGAAGCAGUUUAAUAAAGCUUGUUUGGUUCUUCAGUGGAUGGUGAGGCUUGGUUGCAAGCCUGAUGUGGUUGCUUAUUCCACACUGAUUGCUGGGCUUUGUCAAGCUGGAAAGAAUCCGGGAAGCUAUUGGUGUCCUCAAACUUAUGCUGCAUGA